UUAAGCUGUUUGAAAUGGCAACAGUAAAUUUGAAAGGGGAAGGAAAAAAAAACUUACAGGCGUCAUUUUUUUAUUUACAUCCUAAUAAUCCUGCACUGUCAGGUGUUUUUCCCACUGCAAUCGAAUUUAUUUUUGUAGAAUCAAAUCAUGCAUCAAAGAAUAUGACAAAAUAUGCCUCUGUUCUGAGAUUUUUUGAUCGAAUAAAAUGCAGCAUCAAGAUGUAGAACAGUAUCUACAAAGAUAUAUAAGAUUUCAGUCAUUAGAUGUUCACCCUACACAAAAUGCACUAAUUGUAAACUAUGAUGUGGAACCUAACAUGCUGGCCCACUUAGGAGACAUGGUGAUGAAAGAUUCUCGAGAAUGUCAAAAACUUGUACGACUAAGAGGACCAUUUGAAACAGACCAAAUUAGAAUUUUAGCUCAAAUUAUUAUAGAUAAAUGUCCAUUAGUGCCACCUUCAAAAGUAACUGAAGUGGAGCAAUUACUUUACUAUCUAUAUACAAGAAGGGAAACUUCAGAAGAAGAGAAUAAUGAAGGUGUAAAUGGAGACUUUGAUGCUUCUGCAUCAGAUGGGAUUCAAGCUUCUGAAGAAGAAACUGCUAGUGUUACUAGUGUAGAUAGUUACAUAGAGCUACUUUAUGAAGAAAUACCAGAAAAAGUUAGAGCUUCUGCAUUGGUCCUUCAACUUGCACGACAGACUGGAAAUUUAAGCAUUCUGCGCAAAAAUGAAAUCCUUCUAGGUGCUUUAGCUAGAGUACUUCGGGAAGAUGGACGUAAAUCUAUUGAACUUAGCACCAAUAUUGUUCAUAUUUUUUGCUGCUUUUCUGUGUUUACUCAGUUUCACCCAGUUAUAGCACAGCAUAAGGUUGGUUCUUUAUGCAUUGAUGUAGUUGACAAUGAGUUAAAAAGGUAUGAUCAGUGGAGUGAAGAAAUUGCAAAAAAGAAAAGUAUAAUAGAUUCUGGAAAAUCAAAUGUUGCCAUAAUAAAUGAUUAUGAGAAAAGUUAUCAGAAGUAUGUCAGCCUAGUGAAGAAACAGGAUCAGCUUCUACGAGUCUGUUUCCUUCUCCUUCUUCACAUAGCUGAAGAUCGUAAAGUGGAAUAUAAGAUGGUGAAUAGAGGAAUAAUAUCUCUGCUUGCUAAAUGUCUGAAUAGAGAAUCUGCAGAUUUGUUAAUCAUUGUUGUUUCCUUUCUACUCAAGCUGUCAGUAUUUAUUGAAAGCAAAGAAGAGAUGGAAUUUAAUAAUAUUGUAGAAAAUGUGGCUCAUCUAGUCCCUCAUGAAAAUUCGGAAUUAUGUGAUGUCGUACUUAGUCUUCUCCUGAAUUUAUCAUUUUCUCUAGACUCUAGAAAUGGAAUGGUGAAAUGUGGCCUACUGCAGAAACUAGUCAACUUGAUAUCUGUGAAAUCCUGUCAAAAGCAGGUCUUUGGAAUACUGUACCACAUCAGCUUUGAUGACAGAUGCAAAUCCUUGUUUACAUAUACUGAUUGCAUUCCAUUAAUCAUGAAAAUGAUUAUUGAACAUCCUGAACGGACAUUGCAUAAAUAUCUCAUUGCACUUGCUGUGAAUCUGGCAAUGAACAAACGUAAUGCUCAGCUAAUGUGUGAAAAUGAUGGACUACGACAUUUAAUAGAACGUGCAUUUAAAUACCAAGACUGCCUAUUACUGAAAAUGAUCAGAAAUAUAUCACAACAUGAUGGACCAACAAAAAUAUUAUUUGUGGAAUUUGCUGAUAUUUUUUGUGAAGCUAUACAUAGGAGUACUGGGAAGAAUGAUGAUUUCAUACUUGAGUGCCUAGGAGUGAUGGGAAAUCUGACUAUACCUGAAUUAGAUUAUGAAAUGUUGUUAUUCCAAUAUGAUUUGCUGGGAUUCAUGAAGAAAAAACUGUCGCAAGAAAAUUGUGAAGAUGAUAUGAUUUUGGAAGUAAUAAUACUAGCUGGGACAUUUGCUGCUGAAGAGGUUUGUGCUUCAACAUUACUUGAAUCAGGAAUUAUUAAACAUGUCAUAGAACAUCUAAAUGCAAAACAAGAAGAUGAUGAAAUAGUUUUGCAUAUUGUGUAUUUAUUUUACCAGCUGAUAUAUCAUCGAACAACUAGAGAUGUCAUAAUAAAAGAAACUCAAAUACCUGGGUACCUUUUAGAUUUGAUGCACGACAAAAAUACAGAAAUCAGAAAACUUUGUGAUAGGAGUUUAGAAAUUAUUUCUGAAUAUAAUGAAGAAUGGGCAAAAAAAAUUCAGGUUGAAAAAUUCCGUUGGCAUAACUGCCAGUGGCUUGAAAUGAUUGAAUCUCAGCAAAUGGAUGAUGCAGACUUUUUUGGAGAAGAUUCCUAUACUCCUAGAAUUCAAGAUUUCCUUAAUCCUUCUGAUUUACUUUAUGGAAGUGGAGCUUAUGAAAGUCUACUGAGUGAUGAAAGCCUGUCACCUGAUGUCUUAGAAGACUUGCCUUCUACAGUGUCUGUUGAAAACACAUCUUGCCGUCCAAAGUCUCGUUACAAGAACAGGUUAGUUGGAGCUGAAUAGCAACUGUCUUCAUAAGCUACCUGUUUUUCAUGUGUUGUCAGCAAUGCAUAUCUAUUUCAGUCUUCAGCAUUGGAAAGUAGGACCUAUUAAAAUAUAAUGAUUUUUUUGUACAUUGAUUUUACAUCAUAUUUAUUUAUGCAGCUUUUUUACAAUUAUAUUGUUAAAUUAUAUUUAUUUAUUGAUGUGCAAUAAAGAUUGUUAAAA